AUAUAGAGCCAUCUUACGCCACGUAACAUAAAUUACUAAAAAUGGCUGCUUCCAUGCCUCUUAUUUCUGUGAGAGGUAGUGAUGGACUUCAUUUAACUUAUGGACCUCCCAAUUAUAAUGAAUAUGAAACAUUUGAAAAGGAUACUAGUAAAAUAUGUCGUGUAAUGGCAUUCAGUCAAGAUGGAAAGUACUUUGCUUGGAGUAAUGGAUCACAAGUUAAAGUAAUAUCUCUACCAUCAUGCUCCCCUGUUCUCCAGAUUGCCAAACCUAAGACUACAUGCUUGCAGUUUUCACCUACUGGUGACUUUAUCAUAACAUGGGAACCUUAUUCUGCUAUAAAAGAAAAUCCCAGAGAUAAUUCAAACCUUCAUAUUUGGGAAGUAAAAUCUGGAACAUGUUUGCACUCUUUUAUCCAGAAGAAACAAUAUUUAUGGUAUCCACAGUGGAGCAUAGAUGAAAAGAUUUGUGCAAGAAAUGUCAACAAUGAAGUUCAUUUCUUUGAGAAUAAUGUCUUUACCACCAUAACAAAGAAAAUUUUUCUACAAAAAGUGUCAGAGUUUUCUUUGGCACCAGGUCCACCUCCCUAUCAUAUAGCCUGUUAUGUCCCUGGGAGCAAGGGUCAGCCGUCAUUUGUUAGGCUGUACAGAUAUCCUCCAUGUGAAGGGAAUAGCUCUGUCAUUGCAAACAAGAGUUUUUUCAAGGCUGAUAAAGUUGAAUUCAAUUGGAACAAGAAAGGAACAGGUUUGUUAUUGUUAACUAGCACAGAUGUAGAUAAAACAGGAGCUUCGUAUUAUGGAGAGCAGUUGUUACAUUAUUUAGGAACAUCUGGAGACACCUCGAUAGUUAAGCUUGCAAAAGAUGGUCCAAUCUAUAGCAUAGACUGGAGUCCAAGAUGUAAUGAAUUUUGUGUUGUAUAUGGAUUUAUGCCAGCCAAAGCCACCAUAUUCAACUUGAAGUGUGAACCAGUUUUUGAUUUUGGUACUGGACCACGAAAUGCUGUAUAUUACAAUAGCCAUGGAAAUAUGUUGAUAUUGGCCGGAUUUGGUAACUUGAGGGGUAAUGUUGAAGUGUGGGAUAUGAAAGCAAAAAAAUUGGUUACUCAAACCCAAGCCUCAGACUCUACUUUUCUGUCCUGGUGUCCAGAUGGAGAACACAUACUAACAGCUACAACCUCUCCACGACUCAGAGUGGCUAAUGGUUACCGAGUGUGGCACUACACAGGUAGUCUAUUAUUUGAAAGGAGAUGGGACAGUGACCAGGAACUUUGGGAAGUUUGUUGGCAGCCGUGUCCAUUUGGCACAUUCCCAGAGACAGAGAUAAAGUACACUCCUGUUGCUGGUAUUGAAACACCUCAAGCUCAAGUAACCAAACAGGCGUACAGACCUCCUGCUCUCCGAGGCAAACCUUCAACUUUCAAAUUACAUGAUGAUGACGAACCACCAUCCAACAAAAAGCAGUCAGAUCAAACCAUCGUGCCCUUAUCAAAGUCUGCUCAAAAAAACAAGAAGAAAAAAGAAGCUAAGAAAGCUAAAAAAGAACAAGAAAAGGUGGAAGAAAGAGAUGAAAAUCAACCUGGUAAUGAAACUUCACCAGUUUAUACAGAAGCAGAUGGGACUGAAACUACUGGAGAUCCUGAGAAAGAUAAAAAAAUUAGAAAUAUUAAAAAGAAACUUGAUCAGAUCUCUAAACUGAAAGCAAAGGAACAAGAAGGGAAAACUCUAGAGCUGAACCAGGUAACAGAUUAAGCUCAUGUUUUAUUU